UCCGUCUCGUCAUCCUCCGAUCGCCUCUUAAACUUUGGUGAAUUGAAUGAUUUAUAUGGAAUUCGAUUGAAAACCAAAUAUAUAAUUAUAUAUACGCAUAGAUUCAGAGCGAGUGAAAGAGAUUAGAAAGACGCAAUAAUCAAGCCCUAGCUUCUGAUCAGAUCUGUGUUGGUUCAUCAAUGGAGGCCUCCCAGGGAGGAUCGGAGAGAGAGAAGUCGAAUUCGUCGUCUUCUGCGCCUGUCUCCGUCAUCGCCAAUUUCUGGAAAGAGUUUGAUUUGGAGAAGGAAAGGACUGUGUUGGAUGAACAAGGACUUAGGAUUGCUGAAAAUCAGGAGAACAGCCAGAAGAAUCGGCGGAAACUUGCAGAGAGUACUAGAGAUUUCAAGAAGGCUGCUGUGGAAGAUAAGUUAAGUUUGUUCAACUCUUUACUGAAAGGCUACCAGGAAGAGGUUGAUAAUCUUACCAAGAGAGCUAAGUUCGGAGAAAAUGCAUUCCUUAACAUUUACCAGAAGCUUUAUGAGGCUCCAGAUCCUUAUCCUGUACUUGCUUCAAUUGCUGAAAAAGAUUUGAAAUUGUCCGAAUUAGAGUCUGAAAAUCGGAAAAUGAAGGUUGAACUUGAGGAAUUCAGGACAGAAGCAACUCAUCUGAAAAAUCAACAAGCCACGAUAAGAAGACUUGAAGAGCGCACCCGCCAAUUAGAACAACAGAUGGAGGAAAAGGUGAAGGAAAUUGUGGAGAUAAAGCAACGCAAUUUGGCAGAAGAGAACCAGAAAACAAUGGAGGUCUUAAAAGAAAGGGAGCAGCUGUUGCAGGAACAAUUACGGCAAGCAAAAGAAAGUGUUUCCACCAUGCAACAAUUACAUGAACUUGCACAGAACCAAUUAUUUGAACUUCGUGCUCAAUCAGAUGAAGAGAGAGCAGGAAAACAGUCGGAGGUCAGUCUUUUAAUGGAUGAAGUUGAACGAGCUCAAACUCGCCUUUUGAGUCUUGAGAGGGAGAAGGGAAUUCUUCGUUCCCAGUUACAAUCAGCAAAUGAUGUUAAAGGAAAUAAGCAAAGCGACAAUUUUGAUUCAAACACCAUCCUUGAGAAUUCUUUGAGUGCAAAGGAGAAGAUAAUCUCUGAACUGCAUGUGGAGCUUCACAAUCUUGAAACUACCUUAUCGAAUGAGCGGGAACAGCAUGUAAAUGAAAUCAAGAAAUUGAGUGCAUCACUCAAGGAAAAGGAAGCUGCUCUUGAAGAGAUUUGGAAAGAGCUUCAGGCAAGGCCUACAGCAAAGUUAGUUGAUGAUUUGCGGAAAAAGGUCAAAAUUCUACAGGCAGUUGGUUAUAAUUCAAUCGAGGCUGAAGAUUGGGAAGUAGCCACUAGUGGGGAGGAGAUGAGCAAGCUUGAGUCUCUUCUUCUUGAUAAAAACCGGAAAAUGGAACAUGAACUAACACAGUUGAAGGUCAAGCUUUCUGAAAAAACAUCUUUGCUGGAAGAAGCUGAAGGCAAGAUAGCAGAGCUUACAGCAAAGGUUACUGAACAACAAAAAUUGAUACAGAAACUAGAAGAUGAUAUACUGAAGGGUUAUGGUUCUAAAGAUCGGAGAGGCACUCUGUUUGAUGAUUGGGAUCUUUCAGAGUCUGGGGCAACAGAACCUUCUGAAAAUGCGGAUCAUAGACAAGCUUCCUCAGAUCAAGAUCAAAGCUCAAUGCUUAAGGUGAUCUGCAACCAGCGUGAUCGGUUUAGGGCACGGUUGCGAGAGACAGAGGAGGAAAUAAGGCAGUUGAAGGAGAAGAUAGGAGUAUUGACUGUGGAACUGGAAAAAACAAAGGCUGAUAAUGUCAAACUUUAUGGGAAGAUCCGUUAUGUUCAAGACUACAAUCUUGAAAAAGUAGUUUCUAGAGGAUCAAAGAAGCCUGCAGAAGACAUAGAAAGUGGCUUCAGCUCAGAUGUGGAAUCCAAAUAUAAGAAGAUAUACGAGGAUGAUAUAAAUCCUUUUGCAGCGUUUUCAAAAAAGGAAAGGGAUCAGAGGUACAAGGAGUUGGGCUUAAGGGAUAAAAUUACUCUUAGCAGUGGUCGUUUUCUUCUUGGCAACAAAUAUGCUCGAACUUUUGCCUUCUUCUACACCAUUGGGUUGCAUAUUCUUGUCUUCACAUGUCUGUACAGGAUGUCUGCCCUAAGCCAUCUCAGUAACGGCCAGGAUUCGGUCAUUGCGGACAACAACCUUAGCAACCUCCCGGGUGCUCUUUGAGCCUUCAUAUCAUUCUUGAGUUUUGGCUUCCUGAUUGAUUACUAGAGAUGGAAAGACAGAUCAAAAUAUCGAUGCAAGUUCUUUGUGUUGUAUAUAUAGAUUAUAGAGGUAUCAUGUUGAUUUUUCCCCCUCACAAUCGGUGAAUUCCAAAAGGACUUUGCUUUUUGUCAAAUAUAUGUUGGUGCAUUUUUAACGUAUUUUUGUGACAUCUUACAUAAGUUGGAAAUGGAAUACUUCACGAGUAUAUAAGAUUUUGGGAGUUUAUAACAAAAUGGUGU